UUUCUCAACAAAAUUCGUUCAUUUCUGACGCAAAGCCGUGAUUCUUGAAGCUUCGUUUCAAUGGCGACUGAAGAGAAGCGAGCGAUGAUAGUCGGAAUCGAUGACAGUGCGCACAGUCUCUACGCUCUCGAGUGGACCUUAGACCAUCUCCUCGUUCCAAUCUCUCCGGUUAACUCUCCGUUCAAGCUCAUCGUUGUUCACGCCAAACCUUUGGCUUCCUCCGCCGUCAGUCUCGCCGGACCUGGAGCGGCUGACGUUCUGCCCUAUGUGGAUUCGGAUUUGAAGAAGAUUGCUGCGCGAGUUAUCGAGAAAGCGAAGGAGAUUUGCAUCGCUAGAUCGGUGCAUGAUGUUGUGUUGGAAGUGAUGGAAGGAGAUGCCAGGAAUGUACUUUGUGAGGCUGUAGAAAAGCACCAUGCUUCUAUGCUGGUUGUUGGAAGCCACGGCUAUGGAGCUAUAAAGAGGGCUGUGUUAGGCAGUGUUAGUGAUUAUUGUGCUCAUCAUGCUCACUGCACCGUGAUGAUUGUAAAGAAGCCUAAAACCAAGCACUAGAGAUCUCAUUUAAUUUGUGCUCCUUUUCUCGAGUGAUAGUGGGAUCCCGAAUGAUAUGGUAGAUUGGGAGAAUCCUACAACAUUAUACAUCAUCGAAUAAAAUGAAGGUCUGGUAUUGAUGAUGCGAAUUGUGAAUGCCUAAAGCUCUGCUCUGUUAUAAUAAAGCUUCCUUUAUGUGUGAUCUGAGAGUGGUUUGAGUUGUGGAAAUUUUUAAAGUCCUCUGUUCUGCUCUGUCUUGAGUAGGUUAUGUGAACUUGUACUGAAAUCUUUUAAAGUUAAUUUGGUUGACCAAUACCAUGCCUUCAAUUUCUUUUGCCA